CCCAACGACAACAACCCGCCGACUCACCACCGCCAAACUUCGGCUUGAACCUCAACGGCCAGAAAACAACAAGUUUCGCAAAACAAAACGCAAUCAUGGGUAAAGUCCAUGGAUCACUCGCUCGUGCCGGUAAAGUCAAGUCUCAGACUCCCAAGGUUGAGCCCCAAGAAAAGCCCAAGCAGCCCAAGGGCCGUGCUAAGAAGAGAAUUCUCUACACCCGUCGAUUCGUCAAUGUUACCAUGACCGGCGGAAAGAGAAAGAUGAACCCCAACCCGGGAACUUAGAGAGUCAGAGCGAAUAAGAGGGGUAACGAAAGCGGCCCAAAAAAACCAAAACCCGAAACAAAAAAAUGUAUACUCUUCUGGGAAUUUAAUCUUUUUUCUUUGGGA